CCCUGUAUACGUGUGCACACGUAUUGGAAAUGUGAACUGAAUAUUACCGAAUCUCACCAGAAAGAGUCGAUGUCAGAUGAGUGCCUCCCGCGCCCCGAAUAUCAGAACCCCUCUUGUCCAGAGUUGUAGCUAAUGCUCCGUCUAUAGAUGUCUAUGGAUAGCGGAGAGUGAGAUUGGAGAGAGAGAUAAGAGAAAGGCUGCAGAAAAAUUCCCGAAAGGGAGGCUUUGUUGCAGGUAAGCGAGGCUAAGUUCGCAUCCAUCGAAUCCAGGUGGAUGUAAGAGGAGGAGACAGGUAAACAGGAGGCACUGAGGUAACGUAACCUAAAAGAGCACGAGGCAGGACGGAGAGACACGUGGAGAGCAGCGCAACGACAACGCGCAGCGCAGAGGGAAGUGACGCAGACAGCAGCGCUCUCAGGAGCGUAGCAAGGGAAGGUGGAGACAGGGCACGGAGGGCAAGUACCGGAGGGGAUGGAAGAGGAGAUACACACGACAGAGGUAUUGACAGGGAAAGGAAAAGAAGGCAACGAGGGGGGAGAGAGACAGGGAGUGAAGGGACCGAGGGAUAACAAGGAGGAGAAGGAUAGUGCGAGACAGACGACGUCGGCAAAUACAACGCCGAAGGCCAGAGGGAGACCGACGAAGGCAGUGGCCCAGAUAAAAGAGAGAGAGAGAGCAAUAAGCGAAGGAAGACUGCGGGAGUACCUGGAGAAGAAGAGAAAGAGACAAGAGGUGGAGUGCAGCGAGGAGGUAAAGGAGGAGGAGAGGAAGCACAUGCAGAAGAGAAGUCAGAAGACCAGAAGGACACCAACAAAAGAGGAGUUGAAAGAAGAAGAUAAAGAGAAGGACAGGACGGAAGAAGGAGAGGAAAAAGGCAUAGACACAGGAGACGAGGAAAAGAAAGAAGAGGAUAGGAUGGAGGAGAAGAGCGGCAGGGAACUACUACUGAGGAUUUGCGAGGAAUUAAGAGAGAUGAAGACGGAGGCGGCAAAAAAUAGAGUAGAGGAGAAGAAAGAAAGAGAAGAGGAAAUGGAGACGUUGAAAAAAGAGAUAAAACGAAUAGAAGACAAAAGAGAACAAGAAGUGAAGGAGAUAAAAGAAAAGAUGGAGACAGUCAAGACGGUGUUCAAGGAGUCAGUACAAAUGCUGGAGGAGAAAAUAAAAAACCUGGAAAGAGAGGUAGGGGACAGAAGAGUGGGGGAGGCAGUAGGAGAAAGGAAAAAGGAGGAGGUGACGAGCUGGAUGAGAACAUUGGAAAAGAAGAUAGAAGAAAGAAGAGAGGUGAACAAAGUGGUGGAAGAGAAAAGGUUAAGUGACAUGGAGGACAAAUUAGAGGCGAGAGAGAGGCUAGACAGGAGAAAUAACAUUAUAAUAAAGGGAUUAGAAUUAGAAAGGGGAGGAGAAGCCAGAGGUAAGGUGAAAGAGUUUCUCAGAAUGCAGUUCGGAGUAAAGGAGGAAGCGAUAGAAGGGGUAAAGGUGGUAGGAAGGGAAACGAGAAUGAUAUGGGUGAGAAUAAGGAGCAGAGAGGAGAAGGAAGAAAUAAUGAGUAAUAAGAAUAGGCUAGGAAAGGAGAUUUAUAUAGAGAACGAUCUGACAUGGAAGGAGAGGGUGCUGCAGAGGAAAAUAGGAGGAAUAGCAAGGGGGGAAAGAGCAAGAGGGAAAAGAGUGAAAGUGGUAUACAGGGGAAUGAUAGUAGACGGGAAGAGAUACGAAUGGAGUGAGGAGUCAGGGGAGAUGAAGGAAAGAAUGGGUUUUUAGAAGCGAGAGAGAUAAGGAUGAGUGAGUGUAAAGCCAAUGAGGUGGUGGAUGGCAUGUAUGUGUGCGAGAAAGAUGAC